UUUCCCACGGCCAAGGUCUUGAGUACUACUAUUCUUGUUCGACUACCCCUUUUUCUUUAGGUUUAAGGAAAUUUCUCAGACCGUCAACCCCUCAUUUUUCUCCCUAUACUACGAUAAUUUAAGCGUUUUAUCCAUCCAAUUCCAGGGACGGCGUCCUCGGGGUGCGACGGAAAAUGCCAAAUGACAGCACUGUGGCAGUGCAUGUAUCUAAGGACAUAGUGGAUCCCACUAGACCACAUUGGCGGCGGGUCAAGCUCGACAAGGCCACUAGUUGUUGGCUGACAUUCGCCGGCACACUUCACAGUGGGUCUAUAGUGUAUGGAGUAGUUGGGUGCAUGUAUGCACUCGGUACCCUGGACAGAGAUGACUGUGGUCGGGGCCUUUACUAUUAGGUUCUUCUGGAAUUUCAC